AUGCGGGCGACAUACGGGCCAUACUUCAACUUCUGCCCCAGCAGACCUGAAUUGGCAGUCUGCCUUGGCUUUAAUCAAGAUAAUUCUUAUCAAGAUCUUGUCCUCCAUGAACUUCCCAAGCCCAAGAUUGAACACGACAUCCGCGUGUACCUGGAAGACAAGCUUUCUAAAAUACGUGAUGAACGCUUAUUCUCUAACGACUGGCCCGGGAAUGAAGCUAUCAAAGAAUUGGUGCAGAUGGCUGUUCCAUUAUUUAUUUUUGCCGCCACGACAUGCCGCUUUAUUAAGGAAGGAACACAUCCAAAAAAGCAUCUUCAGGACUUUCUUAAAUUCCAAGUAACCACAUCUGCAUCUCAGAUAGGCAAAGUUUACCUCCCUAUCUUAAAUCAACUCAUGGGAGAUAAAGAGGACGACCCAGAAGAGCUUCUGAAAGAAUUCCGGGAUAUUGUUGGGGUUAUUAUUCUUCUUGCUACACCACUGUCCGUCAAGUCGCUUGCACGGCUUCUUAAUCUGCCUGAACAAACUAUCAACGAACUAUUAGAUCUAUUACACUCAGUGCUGAACAUACCAAGCGACAAAGAUGUUCCAAUCCGAAUCCUGCACUUAUCUUUUCAAGACUACCUCUUGACCACGGAAAGCCUUUUCCAUAUAGAUGAGAGAAAGACAUACCAGAAGAUAGCACUGCAUUACCUUCAUGUCAUAAACACGAGUCUCAAGCAUAAUAUUUGUGGCCUACCAAGUUACAGGACACAGCGAGAUGAUAUUGACAGGCAGGCUGUAAAUCAGAAUCUCUCAGCGGAUCUGCAAUACGCCUGUCAGUACUGGGCAUACCAUCUUAAUCAUAGCGAAGCUCGUAUUGUUGAGUCCCUAGCUUUUGAUUUUUUGAAAAAGCAUUUUCUUCACUGGUUGGAGGCGCUGAGCCUAAUGGGUGUUAUAUCAGAAGCAGUAGCAAUGAUAGAUGCGGUACAGUCUGGGGAUGGGAAGGGCAUAGAUGUUGAAAUUUCUGGCUUUCUCUAUGAUGCUAAACAAUUCAUUCUUAAAAACACUUACAUUGCGGGUAUUGCUCCACUCCAACUUUACAGUUCCGGGCUAGUAUUUUCACCAAUGCAAAGUAUUGUUAGAAGGAUAUUUUCUGGUAGUAUACCCAAACACUUGCACAUACUACCACAGGUGGAGAAUUUAUGGAGCCCAGGACUACAAACACUCGAGGGCCAUUCAGAUUCAGUUCGUUCAGUGGCCUUCUCUCUGGAUGGGCAAACCCUAGCCUCAGGCUCUGAUGAUAAGACUGUCAAGCUUUGGAAUAUCAAGACUGGCUCUGAACUACAGACCCUUCGGGGCCAUUCAAGUUCGGUUCAUUCAGUGGGCUUUUCUCCGGACGGACAAACUCUAGCCUCAGGCUCUAGCGAUGACACUAUCAAGCUCUGGAACGUCAAGACUGGCUCUGAACUACAGACCCUUCGGGGCCAUUCAUACUCGAUCUGGAACGUCAAGACUGGCUCUGAAUUGCAGACCCUUCGGGGCCAUUCAAGUUCGGUUCAUUCAGUGGCCUUCUCUCUCCAUACCGUAGAAAAUCCUGCCACUAGGUCCGCCACCAUUCCACAACUCCAUCAUAAUUGCGGCCUGACUUCAUACAGUAUUAAUCCUCAAAUAUCUUUAUCAAACAACUGGGUUGCAUUGGGAGGUGAGAAUCUACUGUGGCUUCCUCCCGAGCAUCGUCAAUUUGAAACUUCAGCUGUCAAGGAUGCCACCCUUGCUCUUGGGUAUAGUGACGGGCGAGUUUCUAUUAUAGGAUUUCAUACGCUGUAG